AUGAGUAGCGUUCUUUCGAUAUACAAUGACGGUGUGAUUCCUUGUUUUUCGCGAUUUUGUAGAUUGGAACGAUGUUUUUAUGCACAUUUCUCCGUAUUCGCUCUCGUUUAUUGGAAUUGCGUGCGGUUUAGCUCUGUCGGUGAUUGGAGCUGCUUGGUAGUGGGUAUUUGGACCGCUGCUUCCACUCUUAUGGGAGGCUGUGUUAAGGCGCCUAGAAUCCGAUCGAAGAAUUUAAUUAGUAUUAUUUUCUGCGAAGCAAACGCUAUUUAUGGGAUCAUCAUUGCUGUUAUCCUUAUCAACAAAGUGUCUGCCAGUGGUUACGUCGAUGGGAACUUGCGUCCUGAUUAUGACAUUGCCUCAAUGUAUUUUGCUGGCUAUGCGAUCUUCAGCGCAGGUCUUAGUGUGGGUUUGUCGAAUAUUACAAGCGGCUUGUCCGUUGGUAUUUGUGGGUCUAGUUGCGCGCUGAGUGAUGCCCAGAACGGAGAGCUCUUUGCGAAGAUGCUUAUUGCGCAGAUUUUUGCAUCGGCUCUUGGAAUUUACGGCAUUAUCAUUGGAAUUAUCGUCAGUAACUUUGGUCAGUUCCCGAAUUAA